AUGCAGAGUUUAGAAGUAAUAGAAAAUUUGAGAAAUCUUAGACAAGAGUAUCUAUUUAACUUAACGCAAAAUUUCAGAAAAUCAUUAAUAGUCUUUGAAAUACGUCAGAGAGAAAAAUUUGAUGCUAAACAUUUAAAAGAAAGCCUGCAUAUUCCUGUACAGCCUCCUUUCUCUUCAAAUUUUACCUUGAAAGACAUUUGUUCAUUAUACCCUCAAGAAAGCUCUUUAACAAAAAUAAGGAGGUAUUGUAUAAUCAUCGGAAGUGAUGUCGAAGGUGCAUUAGUAGCACGAAAUCUCGAAAAUCUGUUGAAAGCACAAAAAUGCAGAGAAGUUCAUCUAUUUGACAAUGAAUAUGAAGAAUUCUUAAUUAGAUACCCUUUUCUAGCAGAGGGAUUUUCUGUUCCACAUUAUCCUUGCAUUCCUUGUGGCUUCCCUAAUGAGAUCAUUCCAAAGUUUUUAUACUUAAUCUUCCAUUCUUGAUAACAGCUGCGAUCGUUUGAUCAAGAAUGAAGACAAUAAAAAUUACACCGAACAAUUAUUAACGUAAAAUUUUUAUAUUUUAAUUGUUUCCAUAUAAAGUAUUUAUGCUCUUAGAGAAUGCAGUGUACAAUACAGUAGCAAGCUAUGAAGCAAUAUCUCUAAGACUCAUAAUUGUCAAAUAUAGUUAGUAGAUUUUAGGCGGGGUAGGGGAUAGUUAUAGCUUAUCCACGCUAUACCAAUUCAUGGGAAUUUUCAAUUUAAACGUUUGAUCAAGGAUGGGAGAGCUAGGAAACCACGAACAUGCAGAAAAUUACGAUGUUUUAAGGACUUUGGGUAUCACACAUGUCCUAAACUCCACAAAAAAUGUAAAAAAUGCUUUCAAAGAGCACGGGAUAAGGUACUGCAGAGUCUUUGUAGAAGAUAGCGAAGAAGAAAAAAUCCACUAUCACUUCCAAAAAGCCUUUAAAUUCAUAGACGAAGCCAAAGAAAUCAUGCUCUCCGGAGGCAGCGCAGCAGUCCUCGUUCAUUGCGCUCAAGGAAUUUCUAGAAGUGCCACCAUUGUAACGAUGUUUUUAAUGAAAGAGUAUGAUAUUCCUUUUGAACAGUGUGUAGAAUAUUUGAAAAGCCAGCGAUAUAUUGUCGAACCCAAUCAAGGCUUCAUCAAGCAGCUGAAGCUUUUUGAAGCUAGACAGGGGCUUUUUACAAGAUCAAACACAAUUAAAGAAAGCCACCGCAGAACGCCUCCGAAAAGAAGAAUCAUGGACUAUUAA